AAUCAGAGCCCGGCGGUCGGCCCCGGAGCACGGGCGCCCGGCAAAUGGGCCGCGCGAGCUGUCAAUCGCCGCCACCAGUGGCGGGGGGUUGACAGGUCAGUGGAGGAGUUGGUAAGUGCAAUACCGUGGGAAAAGCUACCAGUCUGUGGCAGGCAGCGGAGCGGACAAUAUCUGCUGGAAGCUCCAUUAAUGUUAGAGCACACACGGGAACAAUUGAGCCAAACAUGAAGAGAACUCACGAUUACAGCUCGUCGGACAGUGAGUUGGACGAAAUGAUCGAAGUAGAGAAAGAAAGCGCCGAUGAAAACGGGAACUCCAGCACAGCCACGGGCUCCAUGUCCCCCAGUACCACCUCACAGGUCCUGGCGAGGAAAAGGAGGCGCGGGAUUAUAGAAAAACGUCGACGGGAUCGUAUUAACAAUAGCCUGUCUGAACUACGAAGGCUGGUGCCGAGCGCUUAUGAGAAACAAGGAUCCGCCAAGCUGGAAAAGGCAGAAAUUUUGCAGAUGACUGUUGACCACUUGAAGAUGUUGCAUGCGGCCGGUGGCAAAGGUUAUUUUGAUGCUCAUGCUCUAGCCAUGGAUUACCGCAGCCUGGGAUUUCGAGAAUGUCUGGCUGAAGUAGCUCGGUACUUGAGUAUUAUUGAAGGUCUGGAGAGCUCCGAUCCACUCCGAGUGCGCCUGGUCUCUCACCUCAACAACUAUGCAUCUCAGAGGGAAGCAGCAAACACUGCCCCCCCAAGCAUCGGACAUUUUCCCUGGAGCAAUGGCUUCAGUCACCACCCGCAUCACCAUCUGCACCCGCUCCUGAUGCCACCGGUUGUCCACAGCAGCAGCAGUACUGCCUUGACGGAGCCUCACCAUCAAAACAGGAUCGGGACCUCCUCGCACUCUGAGACGUCCCCACGUCGGGUGCCUCCUAGUUGCAGUGUGGGUCCAGUCAUUCCUGUUGUUACCACCUCCACAAAACUGUCCCCCCCUUUGUUCUCAAUGUCAUCGCUAUCUGCAUUUCCUCUGUCUUUCCCGUUGAUUUCACCCAGUACGUUCAGUUCAGCAACUCAGACUUCAGCCAACAGCAUCGGCAAGCCCUACAGACCCUGGGGGAUGGAGAUCGGUGCUUUCUAAGGACUCUUCAGAAGGAUAUCUUUUCUUCCUGAAGCUGACAGAGAUAGUGACUACUUAGUUUAAACUCAGCUGAGCUGAGCUUUUGUCAACGUAACUGCCCUGGAAUGUUAAAGAUAUUCUUUGAGUUCAUUGCAGGCAAACAGUGUACAACUUUACAGAAAUUGAAGCCCAGUGAAUCCAGCUAUUUAGAUUGCCUCUUUAGCUCAUAGCGUUAUAAAUAAUAAUCAUAAUACUCCUAUGUGAACAUUUUGAUCUGUUCGUUAUUGAAGUGUUCUACUUUAAAUUGCAAGGUUCCAGCAAUUCAUUUUACCAGAGAGAUGAGCCUAAACAAACUGUCUGAUACUUUAUGUUAAUGCUGUAAUUUCCAACAUCUUUGUUAUCAGCUUCCUUGAAACUUUGAGUGUAAAGUUAUUCUUUUUUUUAAAGAAGUCUAAUAUAAUGAAUUGGAUUAAAUUUAUUUGUCUUGUGACUUAAAUUCUAUUGUUUAUUUGCAACAAAACAUAGUUAGUCAAGUUUUAAAAAGGAAACAACUUUUGAAAUCAGUCAGUUGGUCUAGCGACAAAAAGAAAUUUUCAUUGCAAAGGCAGGUGUGUGUGUGUGUGUGUGUGUGUGAGAGAGAGAGAGAGAGAGAGAGAGAGAGAGGGAGAUCACAUUUGAGAAUUUGUGGAACACUCUGCAUGCAUUCAUGCAUGCUGGGGUAUGUAUGUACACAUAACUUAAGAUGAGGAUAUGUAUUUUGCUUAUUAGUUUGGUUAAAUGUUGCCUGAAAAUAUUAACUUACUACCCUUCACAUAUUUCAGACUUAGCAAUUUCUUCAAGCCAACUGGCAUCAGACCUGUAUUUAUUAUGUACGUACAUCCGUUCGUGAGAAGCUACAAGGUCAACAUUACUUGCCUUAAACACAAAAAAAGAGCUAAAAUAAGAAGGUCAAUUUGAUAAGGUCAAUAUGCUGGGUUUCUUUAGUUAUUGAGUAAACUGCUUAAGUAAUGUAGAUUUUGAUCUUUAAGGUGAUAUUUUAUAUUUUAUGUUGCUUAAUGGAGCGAGGACAAAUCAAAUUUCCAGUGUUGUUUCUGCGGGCAGCAAGCACGGAGGUACUUUCCUGUGCUGAAGCCAUUAACUUUUGGAAGGUAAUAUAAGGUGUAGUGUUGGGUUACUGUGUUCUGGCUUGUGUUGACAAUACUAAACAGAUGAAAUAAUAAACUACAAGUGCAAUUCAGGAUAA